AUGUCGGGGGAGGAGAAUGCCGCGGAGCUCGAAGAACAGGACGACCAACCUUUGAAGAUCUACACGGCCACGUGCAUAAGCGGAGGUGGCCUGAAAGGUGUAUGGAUGCCCACCAUCGAGGAGGCAUCCGGUGUGACUUUCAUCAAGCUGAACAAAUGGGACCGUCAGUUAACCCAAUAUGUUACAGGAAAGUCUCUCAAUCUUUUUUCGGGAUCGAAGAAGCCCAAGAACUCUAUCAACGUCCAUUGGUUUCAGACGAUGACCGAUCUUCGCCGUCAAGCCUGUAACGACUCUCUGAAAAAGCUCAUCGUACAGGCUGCGGAAGCAUCGGGCGGCAAGGUGCCCGAAAAAAUCCGCCCAGCAACACAGGCCGACGAGUUCCUGGCAGGUCGCUUUGUCACUGUGCAGGCUCCUCCGUAUAAGGACCCAGAGAACCCGGAUGCCGAGGAGGUGGAUGGUCCCCAGCUGAAGCUUCUGUGGAAGCUGAAGACACCGGACGUUUGGAUGGAGCUGACUUUCGAGAAUCUGGAAUAUGCCAAGAAGGCCAUCCUUGGAUCGCCGGCAUGGGAGCAGCCCAUCAGUGCCCGGGCCAAGCACAGCCCCAGAAAGCGGCGAAGGCGAGGCCCGAAACCACGUGGUCAUGAUGAACUCGGUGAAGAACCGUUGAAAGAUGACGGUGGCGAGGCGGCUUUGCAGAAUGCACCGAACGGCGAGGAAGAGGAGGACGAGGAGUGA